CCGCUCGAUUUUAAGCGGUUCGAACUUUUUUUUAUCAAACAAAACAAAACAGGACAACUUAAAAUCAGCGUAAGGAAUAAUUCAUCUCAAAAAGUAGUGCAACAUAGAGUCUGUUUAUAUGCGUUUUUAGAGUGAUUAGCCUAAUUUCUAUAUAAAGUCUUCGAGAAGUGAUGGCUGCUCGUGUACGGGUGACAGAUGUUGGAGUUCUUAAUAAUCCAUGUAAAUUCUUUGAGCCUUUUCAAUUUCAAAUAACAUUUGAAUGUUUGGAUAUUAGUAGUGAGUGGAAGUUGGUGUAUGUUGGCGCUGCAGAAAAUCCAGAAUAUGAUCAAGUUCUUGAUACCGUACUUGUUGGCGAUAUUCAAGCAGGAAAACACAUGUUUGUUUUUCAGGCUGAUCCGCCAAAUCCUGAUUUAAUUCCCCAAUCAGAUAUCUGCGGUGUGACAGUCAUAUUGCUGACAUGUUCUUAUAAAGGUGCUGAGUUUAUUCGCGUUGGGUACUACGUAAACACAGAUUACAGUGAUCCAGAACUCAGAGAGAAUCCUCCACCAACGAUCAUUUAUGAGCAGCUGCAACGAAAUAUACUAGCAUCUCAACCAAGGGUGACCAAAUUUCCAAUAGCAUGGGAAUAAAUGCACAAAACUUGAACAUACAAAUGAUAAUGCGCAUUGCAUAUAAAAUAUAUAUUAAAAAAAGUUUGAGAGAGCACAGUUAAAUUUAAAAUAAUUCAACGAAGAGUGCAAA